AUGAAAUGCUGCUGCGUCGCUCUGCCAUUGAAAUUCAAGUUCCUCUUCACCGGCAGAAAAGUCCUGGCAACCAUACUCGUGCUUCUACUAACUGUGAUUGCCUGUUACUCACCAACAUUCGUGACGAUCGGCUUCGAGGAGGUGUUUGACCCUUACUUCAACAUGACCUAUAUAGUGAACAUGGCCCCACAUGUUAUACCUGAGGUGUUUGUACACACCAUUUCCGCCCUGCUUUUCCAAGUGGAGCCCACAGUCUCCCAGGUUGUCAUCAUCACAUGUCUGUUUAUCCUCAUCGUCAAACUGGCGCAGACGACAAGAUUUAGAUCUAGGCCAGCCUCGGAGGCGAGAAGCACCAACUCGAAGCCAUCACGCCGUGACUUGAAACUCUCCGGCAAAGAGCUGAGAGCGGUACAGUCAGUGAUGUUUGUGGCCGCCUUGUUCACUGUGUGCAGUCUGCCAACCGUCCUGCUCACUCUGGCAGUCAUGAUAGACGACAGCGCCAUGGACACAUACGCCGCCAAUGUCGUGCGGCUUCUGAGGGAUACGCUGAUCAUUAUCAAUGCAUCUCUCAACAUUUUUAUUUACUUCGUCUUCAAUUCAAGCUACAGAAAGCAGGCAGUUUCUCUCUGCACUAAAUUGUUUUGUCGCAAACAGAGUUCGGAAAAACAGGAGUGA